AUGAGUCCCCAGUUGUCUAUUGACAUCAACAAUGAGCUUGCCUCUUUGUCACCUACACCAUUUGAGCCUUACAUCUUCAGAGUGGAUGGCCUACUACACAGGGAAAAUGAGCUAGCCUGUGAACCAGAAAUACUUGCAAUCGGUCCUUAUCAUCACGGUAAAGCUAACUUGGAAAUGAUGGAAAAACAUAAACUAAGAUACCUACAAAUGUAUCUUGCGCGAACAAAUGAGUCAAGUGUGGAUACAUUUGUCAAUGCCAUGCAAGAUUUGGAAGAAAAGACACGGAAAUGUUAUGCAGAGUCCAUUGGAAUUGAGAAGGAUGCGUUUGUGCGAAUGAUGCUACUUGAUGAAUGUUUUAUCAUUGAGUUUUUUUACAAGUUAGCAUAUGAAGAGGUUAUAGACGACCCUAUUUUCAAAUCACAAAGCACACAGCUUCGAGAGGCUGGGGUUAAAUUCAAAAAGGCCAUAGAAACUUCCUCGUUGCUGGAUAUAGAGUUCGAAAAUGGAAUCAUGAAAAUUCCACCUUUGAGUAUUGAUGAUAGCACUGAGGUCAUCUUUAGAAAUUUAGUUGCAAAUGAGCAAUAUAAUGACCUAAAUGAACCGGCUUAUGUGACCGAUUACAGGAAGUUUUUAGAUUGCCUCAUCAACUCCCCAAAGGAUGUCGAAAUACUACGUCACUGUGGAAUCAUUGACAAUUGGCUAGGUGAUGAUGAAGCCGUUUCGAGCCUGUUGAACAGAUUGAGCAAUAAAGUCAUCCUAGAUUCUACAUCAUUCUGUUACUCUGAAAUUUUCAACAAAAUUAACGACCAUUGCAAACACCGUCGAUACAAAUGGAUGACCAAGUUAAGGCAUAAUUAUUUCAACAACCCGUGGUCUAUCAUUUCACUUUUUGGUGCUACUUUGUUGCUUGUGCUGAUUAUCAUAUAG